CGGAUCGCGGCGGCGAUGGCGAACAUCGACAUGAAGGCGGUGCUGGCGGACCUGGAGCGGGACGCGGCGUCCGGGGCGGACGCGCGCACGCCGCGGACCAAGCUCGUCUGCACGCUCGGCCCGGCCUCGCGCUCCGUCCCCAUGCUCGAGAAGCUGCUCCGCGCCGGCAUGAACGUCGCGCGCUUCAACUUCUCCCACGGCACGCACGAGUACCACCAGGAGACGCUCGACGCGCUCCGCCAGGCCAUGCACAGCACCGGCAUCCUCUGCGCCGUCAUGCUCGACACCAAGGGACCUGAGAUCCGUACUGGAUUUCUGAAAGAUGGCAAGCCGGUCAAGCUUACGAAGGGUCAAGAGAUCACUGUUACCACUGAUUACGAAAUCAAGGGCGACUCGAACACGAUCUCUAUGAGCUACAAGAAGCUUCCUGUGGAUGUUAAGCCUGGACAUGUCAUACUGUGUGCUGAUGGUACCAUCUCGUUGACUGUCCUGUCCUGUGACCCAGAGGCUGGAACCGUGAGAUGUAUGUGUGAGAACACUGCGAUGCUUGGAGAGAGGAAGAAUUGCAACUUGCCGGGAAUUGUUGUGGACCUUCCCACGCUGACGGAGAAGGAUAAGGAAGAUAUUCUGGGAUGGGGCGUGCCAAAUGAUAUCGACAUGAUUGCUCUGUCGUUUGUCCGCAAAGGGUCAGAUUUGGUGACCGUCAGAAAGCUUCUUGGACAGCAUGCAAAGCGCAUCAAGUUAAUGUCAAAGGUUGAGAACCAAGAGGGCAUUGUAAACUUUGAUGAAAUUUUGAGGGAAACCGAUGCCUUUAUGGUUGCUCGAGGUGAUCUUGGAAUGGAGAUUCCAGUUGAGAAGAUAUUCCUUGCACAGAAAAUGAUGAUUUACAAGUGCAACCUCGCUGGCAAACCUGUUGUUACAGCUACUCAGAUGCUUGAGUCAAUGAUCAAGUCCCCUAGGCCAACUCGUGCUGAGGCCACUGACGUUGCAAAUGCCGUGCUUGAUGGAACUGACUGUGUCAUGCUCAGUGGUGAAAGUGCAGCUGGAGCGUACCCUGAGGUGGCUGUGAAGAUCAUGGCUCGUAUCUGCGUCGAGGCAGAGUCUUCCCUGGACAACGACGCCGUCUUCAAAGAGAUGAUCAAGGCCGCGCCCCUUCCGAUGAGCCCGUUGGAGUCUCUCGCAUCCUCGGCUGUGCGAACUGCCAACAAGGCCAGGGCCACUCUGAUCGUCGUCCUGACUCGCGGUGGCACCACGGCCAAGCUGGUCGCGAAGUACCGUCCCAGGGUCCCGAUCCUCUCCGUGGUCGUCCCGGUGCUGACGACCGACUCGUUCGACUGGACCGUCAGCUCCGAGGGCCCGGCGAGAGACAGCCUGAUCUACAGAGGCCUGAUCCCACUCCUCGCCGAGGGCUCUGCCAAGGCCACCGACUCAGAGUCCACAGAGGAGAUCCUUCAGGCUGCGUUGAAGUCUGCUGUGCAGAAGCAGUUGUGCAAGGCUGGCGACGCCGUCGUCGUCCUGCACCGUAUCGGCGUAGCUUCUGUCAUCAAGAUCUGCACCGUGAAGUGAUCAUCAGGGACGGCGACUCAGUGCCACGGUACUUCCUUGCUGUGGAAAAACUUCGUUGCUUGUUAAUCUUCUCCCUUGCAGUUUGUUGCAUAGAUCCGAGCUGGUAAAUUAGGAGGGAGGACUCCGUUAUAUAUAGAGCUCUUUUACUGUUGACGCCCUGUAGUAUUUAUUUGACAGGUGGUUCCGUUUCAUGCCUGCGCAAUUUUCUCCUAGUUUCUGCGUUGUUGUAUUCUGAAGUACUCAGUGCUCGUUUGGUAGCUAUGUCAGUAUGUAUCAGAAUAAGAUUGGAAUCUUCGUCGCUAUGCUUCGAGCAGAGCGUUGAGAUAUGCUUUGAUUAGUGACUUCAUAUUUU